AUGCGAUUUCAGCUCCGGGAUACAAUAUCGUCAAACAUAGACAAGCCAUACGAAGCAGUUGGAUGCAGCGUUUCUUCAUUAACUGGCUAUCCAGAAAUCAAUCACGUCAUUGUCAAGCUCGAGACUACAGGAUCGAUUGAAUCACAAAAGUUUGCAUCGGAAUUGUUUGGGGAGUGCGAAAACCGGAUGACUAACUUAAACGUCAUGGACUUAAACCUUCAACAGCCAUUCAGCGCUGUCAACAACCAACGUCAGACAACUAUCCGAAUUGCUGUGAGAUUCGUCGGAGAUGAUUCAAAGGGAGAAUGGCACAGCGCAUAUGGCAGUGCAACCGAGGUGAUACAUAUUGCAGAAGCGGCCUGCUCGAAAUUUACGAAGAGAGCAAAUACUAAGAAAAUCUCGGACAACAACAACUCCACUUGUACUGUAACCGGUCCACAACGUAAACAUGUGAAAGGGGAAUUUCUCUUAUACUUCGAGUUGGACGACACGGACGCCAUCAAGGUAACAGAAGAGGCCAUUGAAAAGCGCAACAUUACAAAAAUUGGUUACGACAUCCGUGACUUGCAAAUCGAAUUCCCAAGUCCUACACGCUAA